GUCAGUGUUGGGAAAUAGAAAUAUUUGCUAUAAAAAUUGUUACUGUGUCCGAAAUUUUACUGAAUAUCUGUUACUAAGCAUAUUUAAAAUGGCUACAAACGAUAAACAGUUCUUCGGCCCGUUGACAUUGCAUCAGAAGAUUGAAAAUCCAACAAUAUUUAAGUCCGACGCUCCAAAUGAGUGUGCAUGCGUUUUAUGUGACGAAGUCUUCUUGUUACCGACCUCUGAGAAACAGAUGUUGACGCAUUUGUUCAUGGAACACCGCCUUGUUGUAGGUGACGCUAAUCAGAUCGCAGAUUUACAAGGUUAUACGAAGUAUUGGAAGCUGAGAUUUAAAGAUCAAAAUCUUCCAUACUUCUGCACCACAAUGCUCCUCGACAACAAACCAGAUGGAACAAAAUCAAAGAAUGAAGAGUACUUCUUACUAAGUGAUGUUUUACCUGAGGAUAAAGAACUAAGACUGAAUCUACAACAAAGCAAAUUGGAAACGUUAUUAGAGAGACACACAUUUGAAAGAGAAGACAAGAACUAUUCAAAAGAGUGUCUCUUCUGCAGGUUCUCUUCAAACGAUACUAGAGCCAGCUAUCUAAAACAUUUGUACGAAAAACACAACUUUCACAUAGCUAAACCAGACAACUUAAUAUUUAUUGAUGAUCUCAUUGAUUUAAUAAGCUUAAAGCUAGAUAAACUACAUUGUAUUUUUUGUGAAGGAGUGUUCAAAGAUCGGACAAUUUUAAAAGAGCACAUGCGUAAAAAAGGUCAUAAGAGGAUAAACCCUCUAAACAAAGAGUAUGAUAAGUUCUUUUUAGUUAACUACAUAGGUGACAAGCAUCCUACUAAUAAAGAGAAACCACUUAAUAUGCAUCCUACUAACAAACAGAAACCAUUCAAUAUGUCAAGUAGUUCCAAAAUGUAUAACAUUAAAGUUAGGGAAGAGGAAUAUGAACCAGAUUCUAAUAUAGAUAGUGAUCCAGAAUGGUCAGAAUGGACAGAAGAUAAUGGACCGUUAAUCACAUGCUUACUAUGUGAGCAUACAGAUGUGGAAUACGAAAAUAUACUCGACCAUAUGGAAAAGAAACACGAAUUUUCCUUCUCAAAAGCAACAAUCGGCCUCGAUUUUUACCAUAAAAUUAAAAUUGUGAAUUACAUACGGAGACAGAUACAUUUAAAACAAUGUUUAGCAUGCGAAACUAAGUUUGACGACUCAAAGAAUUUAGAAAAACAUUUAAAGGAAAUGAAACACUGGAUUUUAAGUAAAGAAAAAUGGGACCAGCCAGAAUAUUACUUUCCGACUUACGAAGACGAUUUAUUUCUGUGUUUUAUACAUGAUGAUGAUGAAAGUUGGUGGUCAGGGGAUGAGACGGAGGUUGAAAAUCAGAAUACAAUGUGUGAUAAUAUAUCCAAAGAGAUGGCAAUGUCUGUACUUGAUGAUUGAACAGUGUUCUGUGUUAAAUAAAUGCUAUAUAUAUAAUAUGAAAAAAAAAAUAAAGAGCAAAAAUAACUCGCCGCUGCAAUUUUGC